UCAGACAGUUGGCUGGGUGGUGAAGUUGAGGAUUCGUGGAUUCCAUUCGGGAGUUGCUCAGCUAUGCGGUACUAUGAAAAUCCAUGUGGCUAUCCUGCUGGCCAUUACCAUGGUCGUCCAAAUAUCGAGAUUGAUGUGGUUCCCAAUUGGGGUGGCGCAUUCUAUCCGCCGCCGCCUCCGCCCGGGCCCGCCGAGGUUGUAUACGUAACCCCAGCUGCCACCUAUGCCCCAGGCACCCAGGUGGUGAUGCCCCAGCCCUACGGAGGAGUGACAGUGGCCUCCACUGCGGGAUACUAUCCCCAACAGUACCAGUACCAGCAGUAUCCCCAGCCCUACAAUCCAUAUUCGCAAUGGUAACACCGGAUUUCUUCAGGAGAAAAGAUCC